AGUGUGAUUGUCAAAUUUGAAUACACGUGCAGUUGUUUCCAACCGAGUUUACUUUAUUUAAUGCUUUUAAUUUAAUAAAUUGAUAAAUAAAACCAUGCCGGCAGCAGUGGCCAAAGGUGUGCAAUUCGGAGGACCCUCCAAGAACAAGAAAAUUGUGUUCGAUGAUUCUGGCGAGGCUGUAGUUAAACAAAACAAAAAGGAGCACCCACAGAAGACAAAAAAUCAAGGCAGGGAUCAAGUGAAAAAGCCACAGAAAAGGUUUGCCCAGGAUGGACAAUCGCAGGGUGGUAAAUCCUUUAAUAAAAAUCAUCAAAAACAUAAUGGUCAUAAGCCAGAUCAUACCAAUAAACCUCAAAAAAUAAAGUUCGGUGAAGAAGGAGAACCAGUAGCUCCCAAAUCCUUCAACAAGCAGAAUCAAAACGGUCAAAAACCACAAAAAAUCAAGUUUGGCGAAAAUGGAGAAGCUUUAUCCCAAAAACCAUUCAACAAAAAUCACCAGAAACAUAAUGGUCAAAAGCGUGAUUUUGGCAAAAAGGCUGAGUUUGUUGAUGUCGAAGAAGAAGUAUCUAACAAAAAACCCGAUGAAGUAAAGAAAUCCCAGAAAAUUAAGUUUGGAGAUGAUGAAAAGUUCACGGAAAACUCUAAAAAACCCCAACGUAUCAAGUUCGACGAGGAUGGUGCUGAAAAAAAUGUCUCUGAUACCGAUGGAGAUAGUGAUGAGGAACUGGGACAAACUUUUUCCAAAAAGCACAACAAAUAUCAGUCAAAAGUUGAUGAAGAUGAGGAGUCCCAAAAGAAAUGGUAUCAUGUGCAUCCCGAUUACCCCUCUACCGAUGAGGUGUUGGAUAUGAAGGAAAACGAUCAACUGGAGCUCUAUAAUCUCUGCCAGAAUUCCUUCGAAGCUGAGAAGACAACAUUCAAUAAACGUAAUCCUACGGAUGCCCGCUGGUUGCAAACCGCUCUGCACAAGGGUACGGCCAAGGAUCGUGCCAAUGCCGGAGCCCUGCUAGUGACCAGUAAUCCCCUGGGCAACCUGGAAGCCCUGACCACACUGAUUGGAUUCUGCAAGAUUUCUAACAAGGCCAGUAAUGAUGUGAUUGCUGUGCUUACGGAUCUGUGGCAGGAGGUGCUCCUGCCUCCAAACAGAAAACUCCUAGCAGUUCACACCCGUGGAGCCGAUUGGAAGAAGCUGAAGAAGGAUGAGAAACUGCGCAACGAGCAAAAGCGACGCAUCUACGCGUACUGGCAUUUUGAGAGCGAACUUAAGGACCAGUAUCACGAGUUCCUCAAGAAUGUCAUGCAGGGCUUGCAGACAGGACAGGAGCACAACAAGAACUCCUCGAUUGUGGCCGCUUCCAGGCUGUUAGCCUACGCUCCCGAAAAGGAGCAGCUACUGCUGACUAUGUUAGUAAACAAGCUGGGCGACCCCAUUGCCAAGAUUGCCUCCAAGGCGCUGCAUCACCUCAGUGAGGUGGCCCAACGGCAUCCCAAUAUGUGCGGCGUGAUCGUUUCAGAGACGGAGAAGCUGCUUUUCCGUAACAACAUUUCCGACCGAGCGCAGCACUUUGCCCUGUGUUUCCUCUCCAGCAUCGCACCCUCCGGCCGGCCCGAAGUCUGCACCAAGCUGGUCAACAUCUGCUUUGCCCUCUUCAAGGUUCUUGUUCAAAAGGGAGCCGUAAACAACAGGACUAUGCAGGCAAUCCUUCGGUGUCUGCAAAAGGCCAUCGUGGAGGCUCAACCGGCCAAGGAUAGCAACGGGGAGCUGCUCACCAAGGAAAUGCAAGAUACCAUUUACCGGUUGGUCCAUUUGGCCGAUAUUCGGGUUGCUGUUCAAACUCUGGGAUUGCUGCUCCAACUUGUUACUGUUAAAACUGAGAAAUCAGAUCGGUUUUACAAUGCUCUGUAUGUGAAACUGCUGGAUUUAAACCUCAUCAACCUGGGCAGUAAAACGGCGGCUCAUCUGCUGCAUAUAGUCCAUCGUGCCAUCCACAUCGACAACCAUGUGGCUAGGGCUCAGGCAUUCGUCAAACGCCUCCUGCAGCUCACACUCUACGCUCCUCCCCACAUUGCAGCUGGUUGUUUGAUUGUUAUUCACAAGUUGCUGCGCAUGCGACGUGAGCUCAUCGGUGGCACUGGAGCAUCGGAGGAAGUGAAUGCCAGUUCAAAAGCAAUAAUACCAGUGGACACAGAUCUUGAUAAGUUUGGAAGCGAUGAGGAGGAGACUUACGAAGAUGUCAAGGAGGAAACGGCUAAUGUGAAAGAGUCAAAUCCAGCGGAGGUAAAAGCGGAAGAAGGUGCCAAGUCGAUUACCUCUUCCUGGCACCAUGCCAGUGUGACUGCUACUGAGUCCAAGGUGCGGGAGAUUGAUUCCUGUAAGUACGAUCCAUACCAUCGCGUGCCAGCUUUUGCAGGAGCAGGCUAUGCGCUGCGAAAUGAAUUGCUGCUGCUGCGCCAGCAUUACCAUCCCACUGUCCAGGUUUUUGCCGAACAGAUCCUACAGCAAUCACGCAUCGAUUACUAUGGUGAUCCGCUAAGAGAUUUCGGGCUUCCGCACUUCCUGGAGCGCUUCGCCUUCAAGAAUCCCAAGAAAUUGGAAGCUCCGCAGGCGGCGGAGAGUGCCAGUGUGGCCCACAAACGCUACAUGGCCCACGGAGCACGUGGUAGGCCAGUGAAAUCUCUGACCAAGACCAACUGCACCGAGGACGAGAUGUUCAUCUUCAAUUUCCUGGAGCACAAGCGCCGACAGGCGGAGAUUGUUAAUCAGAAUAAAAAACAAAAGGAGGUAAAGAAGGAUGAGACGGACAAUGGUGAAGAUGGCGAGGCUGGAGACGAAUAUCUGAAGGAGGGCGAAGUGGACGACGAUGAAUUUGAGGCCUAUCUGGAUGGAUAUUUCGGCAAGAAGUUUAAGGAGGGCGUCGACGAAGAGCAGGACGAAGAGGAACUCAAUUUCCUACAGGAGCUGGGCGGCGAGAUGCAGAAGGAAAAGUCCAAGGACAAAAAAAAGAAAAAGCAGGCAGACAAGGCGGAAGAGGACAUGGAUGAUAUAGAAGACGAUUGGGGCGAUGAUAAUUUAGGAGACGAUGAUGAAAUGGAUGUUGAUGGUCAAUCUGAUGAUGAUACGGGCUCAAUUGAUUUGGAGCCACUGGAUGACGACGAUGAUGACGAGGGCUCAGUUGAUUUGGAGCCACUGGAUGAAGACGAUGAUGAUGAGGGCUCGAUUUCCGAUGGAGGCCGGGACGACAGUGAUUCCAGUGACGGUCCGGAGAGUCCAGAUGAGGACGAUGACGCGCCACCUAGGUCUAAAAAGUCACGCAAGGAUCCCUCCGACAUGGUGGGAGGACGUACCUUUGCCAAGACACUCAAACAGAGCCAUGAUAUGUCCUCUUUGUUUGCCGCCGCCGAUGACUUCUCUUCGCUGUUGGAGGAAACGGCUAAGGUCAAAGGUCAGGGCACAAGCAAUGCCGUUUUCAACAAGGACAAAUCCUCCGUCAAGCAAUUAAAGUGGGAGGAGAACCGGCGAUCGAAUACGAAAACCUACAAGGGCAAGAAGUUUGCCGGAAAACCAGCGGCCAAAGGUGGCAAACCACAGAAAGGGGGCAAGAAGCGAAAACACUAAACUAGAUUCGAUUACAAAACCUACCAUUAAAUUGGUUAGAUGUGUAAAUACACAAAUGCAAGAUUAAACAUUUAUAAUUUUGAAUAAGUUUAAAA